UUUCAACACUCAUCUUGAACUAAUGUUUAGUGUAACCAUCUAUAUUCUAGAUAGUAAAUGAUAACCGGGGACUUUAACAGUAUUAAAUGUGCCACUAUAUACAAAAACACCGAAUAUGCAAUUGCCCGGCCACGGGGAUCAAAUAUAAAAGGCACGUCCAAAUGCCUUGUUUCCAGCAUCAUCAUCCCAUCCGGAGACUUUUCGUGUAUCAUCCUCAGACAGAAUGCCUCUCAAACUGCUGUGUCUUCAUGGUUGGGGCACAAACCAAAAGAUCCUCCAAUCCCAGCUGCAUGGCCUCAUGACCGAUCUGCAACGCGACAACACGGCGACAUUCCACUUCCUCGAAGGCGACAUCGAUUCCGACCCCGGCCCCGGCAUCGCAGGCUACUACGACGGCCCGUACUACAGCUACUACAAGUUCCCGCGGUCCUUUUCCGACAGCGACGACGCCGUCCUCGACGCCUACGAUCUCCUCUACGAAGUCAUCGCCGACGAGGGCCCCUUCGACGGCAUCCUGGGCUUCUCGCACGGCGGCACCCUCGCCUCGGGCUUCCUCAUCCACCACGCAAAGCUAUACCCGCAGGAUCCGCCGCUCUUCCGCUGCGCCAUCUUCGUCAACUCGCUGCCUCCGUUUCGGAUGAAUCCCGGUGAGGAUCCUGUGCUUGAUGCCGGGUUGGAGGGGUAUAUCCGUAUCCCCACGGUGAGCAUUGCGGGGGCCAAAGACUGGCUGUUUGAGUAUUCGUUGGCGUUGCACCGGCUGUGUGAUGCGUCUCGGGCGACGUGGGUGGUGCAUUCCAAGGGCCAUGAUAUCCCGAAUGAUCGGAAGAAUGUGGCCGUCAUGGCGGCGGCGAUUAGGAAGUUGGCGAUAGAGGCGUUGAGUAUCUGGUAG